AUGUCCGAUACACAGUAUCUGAUUGGCUCUGUCUCCAAGUCAUUUCUGUCUGCGGCGGUUGGCAUCCUUGUUGAUCAGGGAAAGUUGCAAUGGCUAGAUCCAAUUCAAAAAUAUAUCCCUGAGUUCGAUCCGAUUGGCGAUCCGAACAUCGGCCAAAAGGCUGACUUGAUCGAUGCACUGCGGCAUUCCACAGGACUUGGUGUGCCAAACCUUCUGUGCCUGGGCCCACGAUCAACACUUCUAAAUGACGAGAAAGACUAUAUUAAAUUGCUUAAUUCCAUGCCCACGGCCAACCAUGAAGGACAUCGAUUUAACUCUUGGUGGAUGUACAACAACUAUGCUUAUUCGCUAAUUGCGAAAGUGGUCGAAGUAGCCAGCGGACAGAAGUAUGCAGACUAUGUUAAAGAGCAUAUUCUAAAGCCUCUUCAAAUGCAUUCUACGACUAUGUCCCGUGACGAUUUCAAGGACAAUCUCGCCUACCCUUAUGUAUCUCCCAAAGCCGGGGAAUAUGUUAGGCUUCAACCGCUACCAUGUGAGGAACAUGCGCCAUUGCUGGCUGGAAUGGGAAUGCGUAGCAGUAUAAAUGACAUGCUUACCUGGUCAAAGGCGGUUCUAUCAGCUGAAAGGUGGGAGGCAGGAAAAGGGAACGGCAGCGCCUUACGAGAAAAUCCGUUAAGGCAAAUGGAGAAGAUUCGACAAGGUUACUGGACUAGGCCUGUGGAAGAUGACCUUCAAAAUGAAACUGCGUACUGUAUGGGAUGGUUGCGAGUGGAGAUGCCCUCUUCUAUGUUGGGCUACCUAAGUUGCAACACUGAGACGCGUGACGAUUCAAGGAUGGAUCAUGUGCAUUAUAUCCUUGGAACCCGGUCAAAACAUAUGCUGACUAUUGGCCAUAAUGGAGUCAUGAGAGGAUCAACAGCAGCCGUUUAUACAUUCCCAGACACGCAGAGUGCAGUUGUGGUCAUGGCAAAUGGGCUCCAGUGUGGUGAUGCGAGCGACUAUGCUGCACAAAUUAUAAUCCAGGCUCUUUUUAAUCUUCAACCUCCGGUGGACUUACUUCCACUGGUUAGAAUGGAGAAAGAGCUAUGGCGCGAGUGGUAUCCUACUAGACUUGCAGGCCCAUGGCAAGCCAACAGAAAUACCACUGACAAAGAACGGAACCAGCAAUUAUAUACAGGUGUCUACUAUGGAUUUAAUGGUGCAUUCAGCUUGAGUAUCGUGCUAAAUCCCGACAGCAGGUCUUCUCUGGCUGUAAUUUUCAACCAACACCCUGCUUCAAUUUGUAAUCUGCAGUUUUAUAAAAAGGACACAUACAGCUUUUUCCCAUCCUCCUAUGAGGAUUACAUGUUAAUAAUGUUUCCACUUUGGUCAGAUUACAGGGUAACACUUUUGGAAUUUUACCUGGACGAGUCAGAAUCGGAGGUGGUAAGUCUUCGCUGGCUUUGGAAUGACGAUGAGGAACCAGCUAUUCUGCUCAAGGAUCGAUCUGCAAGGCUUCCAAAUUAA